AAGGAACUAGUCGCGGCAAAACCCAGUAAUUCCGAGGGAGAGUGAGCAGGCCCGGCUGGGCUGAGCGGAGCCCACACCUCUCUUCUCCGGCGCGGGUGGGCAGGGAAGGGCACGGGCUACCCCAGUACCUACGCAGCCUCAGCUAAUUUCUCGGGGUGCUUUGCUCUGUUUUUUUUUUUUUUUCCUCCCGCCCCCCUUUCCGAAAAGGUUUGUUAAGGGGUGGGAGAAAGAGACGCCAAGAGCAAAGUGGAAAACAGUUAAUGACCAGCCACAGCCACAGCCUCCAGGGCUCCCGAGCCACACAACAGUCACUGUGGGUGCCAGAAGAGGUAACAUGGCUUGCUGGCCUCAGUUGAGGUUGCUGCUGUGGAAGAACCUGACUUUCAGAAGAAGACAAACAUGUCAGCUGCUGCUAGAAGUCGCCUGGCCUCUGUUCAUCUUCUUCAUCUUGAUCUCUGUCCGGCUGAGCUACCCACCCUAUGAACAACAUGAAUGCCACUUUCCAAAUAAAGCCAUGCCCUCUGCAGGAACACUUCCUUGGGUCCAGGGGAUUAUCUGUAAUGCCAACAAUCCCUGCUUCCGUUAUCCAACGCCUGGUGAGGCUCCCGGUGUUGUUGGAAACUUUAACAAAUCCAUUGUGUCUCGCCUGUUCUCAGAUGCGCGGAAGCUUCUUUUAUACAGCCAGAAAGACACCAGCAUGAAGGACAUACACAGAGUUCUGAGAGCCUUACAGCAGAUCAAGAAUUCGGGCCCAGGCUUGAAGCUUCAGGAUUUCCUGGCAGAUAAUGAAACCUUCUCUGGAUUCCUGUAUCACAAUCUCUCUCUCCCAAGGCCGACUGUGGACAGAUUGCUGCAGGCAAAUGUCAGUCUGCACAAGGUAUUUUUGCAAGGUUACCAGUUGCAUUUGACCAGUCUGUGCAAUGGAUCAAAAUUAGGAGAUAUCAUUCAAAUUGGUGAGCUGGAAGUUUCUGAGCUUUGUGGACAACCCAGGGAGAAACUGCAUGCGGCAGAGCAGGUGCUUCGUUCCAACAUGGACAUUCUGAAACCUAUGGUGAUAGGACUAAACUCCACAUCUUCCUUCCCAAUUCAGCAACUGGUGGAAGCUACUAGAACUUUACUGGAUAGUCUUGGGAGUCUGGCCCAAGAGCUGUUCAGCAUGAGGAGCUGGAGCGACAUGCGGCAGGAGGUGAUGUUUCUAACCAAUGUGAAUGGUAGCGGCUCCUCCACGCAGAUAUACCAGGCAGUGUCCCGUAUUGUCUGUGGCCACCCGGAAGGCGGAGGACUGAAGAUCAAGUCUCUUAACUGGUAUGAGGACAACAACUACAAAGCCCUCUUUGGAGGCAAUGGCACCGAGGAAGAUGCUGACAGCUUCUAUGACAACUCUACAACUCCUUACUGCAAUGAUAUGAUGAAGAAUUUGGAGUCUAGUCCUCUUUCUCGCAUUAUCUGGAAAGCUCUCAAACCCCUGCUUGUUGGAAAGAUCCUGUAUACACCAGACACUCCAGCCACAAGACAGGUUAUGGCUGAGGUGAACAAGACCUUCCAGGAACUGGCUGUCUUUCAUGAUCUAGAAGGCAUGUGGCAGGAGCUCAGCCCUAAGAUCUGGACCUUCAUGGAGAGUAGCCAAGAAAUGGACCUUGUUCGGAUGCUGUUGGAAAGCAAAAGCAAUGACCACUUUUGGGAACAGCAAUUGGAUGGCUUAGAUUGGACAGCCCAAGACAUCAUGGCAUUUCUGGCCAAACACCCAAAGGAUAUUCAGUCCUCCAAUGGCUCUGUAUACACCUGGAGAGAGGCUUUCAAUGAGACCAACCGGGCAGUCCAAACAAUAUCACGCUUCAUGGAGUGUGUCAACCUGAACAAGCUGGAACCCAUAUCGACCGAAGUCCGACUCAUCAACAAGUCCAUGGAGCUGCUGGAUGAGAGGAAGUUCUGGGCUGGUAUUGUGUUCACAGGUGUCAGUCCAGGCAGCACUGAGCUGCCCCGUCAUGUCAAGUACAAGAUCCGAAUGGACAUUGACAAUGUGGAAAGGACCAAUAAAAUCAAGGAUGCGUACUGGGACCCUGGUCCUCGGGCUGACCCAUUUGAAGACAUGCGGUAUGUCUGGGGAGGCUUUGCCUAUCUGCAGGAUGUGGUGGAGCAGGCGAUCAUCAGGGUGUUGACCGGUUCUGAGAAGAAAACUGGUGUCUAUGUGCAACAGAUGCCCUACCCCUGUUAUGUAGAUGACAUCUUCUUGCGGGUAAUGAGCCGGUCAAUGCCCCUCUUCAUGACACUGGCAUGGAUCUACUCUGUGGCUGUGAUCAUCAAGGGCAUCGUGUAUGAGAAGGAGGCGCGGCUGAAGGAGACAAUGCGGAUCAUGGGCCUGGAUAACGGCAUCCUCUGGUUUAGUUGGUUCAUCAGUAGUCUCAUCCCUCUACUUGUGAGUGCCGGCCUACUGGUUGUCAUCUUGAAGUUAGGAAACCUGCUGCCCUACAGCGACCCCAGUGUGGUGUUUGUCUUCCUGUCUGUGUUUGCGGUGGUGACCAUCCUGCAAUGCUUCCUGAUUAGCACACUCUUCUCCCGGGCCAACCUCGCAGCAGCAUGUGGGGGCAUCAUCUACUUUACGCUGUACCUGCCCUAUGUCCUGUGCGUGGCGUGGCAAGACUAUGUGGGCUUUUCAGUCAAGAUUUUUGCGAGCCUGCUGUCUCCUGUGGCUUUUGGGUUUGGCUGUGAGUACUUUGCUCUUUUCGAGGAGCAAGGCAUUGGGGUGCAGUGGGACAACCUCUUUGAGAGUCCUAUGGAGGAAGAUGGCUUCAGUCUCACCACUGCUGUGUCCAUGAUGUUGUUUGACACCUUCCUCUAUGGGGUGAUGACAUGGUACAUCGAAGCUGUCUUCCCAGGUCAGUAUGGAAUCCCAAGGCCCUGGUAUUUUCCUUGUACCAAGUCCUACUGGUUUGGUGAGGAAUGUGAUGAGAAGAGCCACCCAGGUUCCAAUCAGAAAGGAAUAUCAGAAAUCUGCAUGGAAGAAGAACCCACUCACCUGAAGCUAGGCGUGUCCAUUCAGAACCUGGUAAAGGUUUACCGAGAUGGCAUGAAGGUGGCAGUUGAUGGCUUGGCACUGAAUUUUUAUGAGAGUCAGAUCACCUCAUUCUUGGGCCACAAUGGAGCAGGGAAGACAACCACCAUGUCCAUCCUAACUGGAUUGUUCCCUCCCACCUCGGGCACUGCUUACAUCCUGGGGAAGGACAUUCGCUCCGAGAUGAGCACUAUUCGACAGAAUCUGGGUGUCUGUCCCCAGCACAAUGUCUUGUUUGACAUGCUGACCGUGGAAGAGCACAUCUGGUUCUACGCCCGCCUAAAGGGGCUUUCAGAGAAACAUGUGAAGGCAGAGAUGGAGCAGAUGGCCCUGGAUGUUGGUUUGCCACCCAGCAAGCUGAAAAGCAAAACAAGUCAACUGUCAGGUGGGAUGCAGAGAAAGCUAUCUGUUGCCCUGGCCUUCGUGGGAGGAUCCAAGGUUGUCAUUUUGGAUGAGCCCACAGCUGGUGUGGACCCAUACUCUCGCAGGGGAAUCUGGGAACUACUGCUGAAAUACCGACAAGGCCGUACCAUUAUUCUCUCUACACAUCACAUGGAUGAAGCAGACAUCCUGGGAGACAGGAUUGCCAUCAUAUCCCAUGGAAAGUUGUGCUGUGUGGGCUCAUCCUUGUUCCUGAAAAACCAGCUGGGAACAGGCUAUUACCUGACCCUGGUCAAGAAAGACGUGGAAUCCUCUCUCAGUUCCUGUAGGAAUAGCAGCAGCACGGUGUCAUACUUGAAAAAGGUGGUGCCUGAGCUUCCCCCAGCUGGGCAGAGUGGAGGCAGAGGAGGCGAGGUGCAGAGGCUGGUGGCGCUGACUCAAGAUGUGUCUGCAAUCUCCAACCUCAUCAGGAAGCAUGUGUUGGAAGCCCGGCUGGUGGAAGACAUUGGACAUGAGUUGACCUAUGUGCUGCCAUACGAAGCAGCUAAGGAGGGAGCCUUUGUGGAACUUUUCCAUGAGAUUGAUGACCGGCUCUCAGACCUGGGCAUUUCCAGUUAUGGCAUCUCAGAGACUACCCUAGAAGAAAUAUUCCUUAAAGUGGCAGAAGAGAGUGGAGUGGAUGCUGAGACUUCAGAUGGUACCUUGCCAGCAAGACGAAACAGGCGGGCCUUUGGGGACAAGCAGAGCUGUCUGCGCCCAUUCACUGAAGAUGAUGCUAUUGAUCCGAAUGACUCUGACAUCGACCCAGAAUCCAGAGAGACUGACCUGCUCAGUGGAAUGGAUGGCAAAGGCUCCUAUCAGGUGAAGGGCUGGAAACUCACCCAACAACAGUUUCUCGCUCUUUUGUGGAAGAGGCUGCUGAUUGCCAAAAGGAGUAGAAAAGGAUUCUUUGCUCAGAUUGUCCUGCCAGCUGUGUUUGUCUGCAUUGCUCUGGUGUUCAGCCUGAUCGUCCCACCCUUUGGCAAGUACCCCAGCCUGGAACUUCAGCCCUGGAUGUACGAUGAGCAGUAUACGUUUGUCAGUAAUGAUGCUCCUGAGGACAUAGGGACCCAGGAACUCCUGAAUGCCCUCACCAAGGACCCUGGCUUUGGAACCCGAUGUAUGGAAGAAAACCCAAUCCCAGAUACACCCUGCUUGGUAGGAGAGGAGGAAUGGACCACUGCUGCCGUUCCCCAGAGCAUCGUAGAUCUCUUCCAGAAUGGGAACUGGACGAUGGAGAACCCUUCGCCUGCCUGUCAGUGUAGCAGUGACAAAAUAAAGAAGAUGCUGCCUGUGUGUCCUCCAGGGGCUGGGGGGCUGCCACCUCCACAAAGAAAACAGAACACUGCAGACAUCCUUCAGAACCUGACAGGAAGAAACAUUUCUGAUUAUUUGGUGAAGACCUACGUUCAGAUCAUAGCAAAAAGCUUAAAGAAUAAGAUCUGGGUGAAUGAGUUUCGGUAUGGUGGGUUUUCUCUGGGUGUCAGUAAUUCGCAAGCACUUCCUCCGAGUCAAGAAGUUAAUGAUGCUAUCAAGCAAGUGAAGAAACAUUUGAGGCUGACCAAGGACAGUUCUGCAGAUCGAUUUCUCAACAGCUUGGGAAGGUUCAUGACCGGUCUGGAUACCAAAAACAAUGUCAAGGUAUGGUUCAAUAACAAGGGCUGGCAUGCUAUCAGCUCUUUCCUGAAUGUCAUCAACAAUGCCAUUCUUCGGGCUAACCUGCAGAAGGGAGAGAAUCCCAGCCAGUAUGGAAUCACUGCUUUCAAUCACCCCCUGAAUCUCACCAAGCAGCAGCUCUCGGAGGUGGCUUUGAUGACCACGUCAGUGGAUGUCCUUGUGUCCAUCUGUGUCAUCUUUGCGAUGUCUUUUGUUCCAGCCAGCUUUGUUGUGUUCCUAAUUCAGGAGCGGGUCAGCAAAGCAAAGCAUCUGCAGUUCAUCAGUGGGGUGAAGCCUGUCAUUUACUGGCUCUCCAAUUUUGUCUGGGAUAUGUGCAAUUAUGUGGUCCCUGCUACACUGGUCGUUAUCAUCUUUAUCUGCUUCCAGCAGAAGUCCUAUGUGUCCUCCACCAACCUGCCUGUGCUAGCCCUUCUACUUUUGCUAUAUGGGUGGUCCAUCACACCGCUCAUGUACCCAGCCUCCUUUGUGUUCAAGAUCCCUAGCACGGCCUACGUGGUACUCACCAGUGUGAAUCUCUUCAUCGGCAUCAAUGGCAGUGUGGCCACUUUUGUGCUGGAGCUCUUCACCAACAACAAGCUGAAUAACAUCAACGACAUCUUGAAGUCUGUGUUCUUGAUCUUUCCCCACUUCUGCCUGGGACGAGGGCUCAUUGACAUGGUGAAAAACCAAGCAAUGGCUGACGCUCUGGAAAGGUUCGGAGAAGAUCGAUUUGUGUCACCACUCUCCUGGGAUUUGGUGGGGCGAAACCUUUUCGCCAUGGCUGUGGAAGGAGUAGUGUUUUUCCUCAUUACUGUUCUGAUCCAGUACAGAUUCUUCAUCAGGCCAAGACCUGUGAAGGCAAAGCUUCCUCCUUUGAAUGAUGAGGAUGAAGAUGUAAGGCGGGAAAGACAGAGAAUCCUGGAUGGUGGAGGACAGAAUGAUAUUUUGGAAAUCAAGGAGCUGACUAAGAUAUACAGAAGGAAGAGGAAGCCAGCUGUGGACAGGAUUUGUGUCGGCAUUCCUCCUGGAGAGUGCUUUGGACUCCUGGGAGUGAAUGGUGCUGGGAAAUCAUCAACUUUCAAGAUGUUGACUGGAGACACCACCGUUACUGGGGGUGAUGCUUUUCUUAACAAACACAGCAUCUUAUCAAGUAUCCAUGAAGUACAUCAGAACAUGGGCUACUGCCCUCAGUUCGAUGCCAUCACAGAGCUGCUGACUGGGAGAGAACAUGUGGAGUUCUUUGCUCUCUUGAGAGGAGUCCCAGAGAAAGAAGUUGGCAAGGUUGGUGAAUGGGCAAUUCGGAAACUGGGCCUUGUGAAGUAUGGAGAAAAGUAUGCUGGAAACUACAGUGGAGGCAACAAGCGAAAACUUUCCACAGCCAUGGCUUUGAUCGGUGGGCCCCCUGUGGUCUUUCUGGAUGAGCCAACCACAGGCAUGGAUCCCAAAGCCCGAAGAUUCUUGUGGAAUUGUGCCCUCAGCAUCGUCAAGGAAGGGAGAUCAGUGGUGCUUACAUCUCACAGUAUGGAAGAAUGCGAAGCCCUUUGCACUAGGAUGGCAAUCAUGGUCAAUGGGAGGUUCAGAUGCCUUGGCAGUGUCCAACAUCUGAAAAAUAGAUUUGGAGAUGGUUAUACAAUAGUUGUGCGAAUAGCAGGGGCCAACCCUGACCUGAAGCCUGUCCAGGAGUUUUUUGGACUUGCCUUUCCUGGAAGUGUCCUAAAGGAGAAACACCGGAACAUGCUCCAGUACCAGCUUCCAUCUUCAUUAUCUUCUCUGGCCAGGAUAUUCAGCAUCCUCUCCCAGAGCAAAAAGCGACUCCACAUAGAAGACUACUCUGUUUCCCAAACAACACUUGACCAAGUAUUUGUGAAUUUUGCCAAGGACCAAAGUGAUGAUGACCACUUAAAGGACCUCUCAUUGCACAAAAACCAGACAGUGGUAGAUGUGGCAGUGCUCACAUCUUUUCUGCAGGAUGAGAAAGUGAAAGAAAGUUACGUAUGAAGAACUCUGUUCAUACAGGAUGGUUGAAAGUAAGGAAGAGCUAGAUCUUCCUGUGCAUCGUGUCAAGUGUUCCAGAGGAAAGAGGUGGAAGUUUUUUUGUGGGAAGAAAGAGACUGGAUACUGUACUGAUACUAUACAAUGCAAUGCAAUUCAAUGCAAUGAAAACAGAAAUUCCAUUACAGGGGCAGUGCCUUUGUAGCCUAUGUCUUGUAUGGCUCUCUAGUGAAAAAGACUUGAAAUUAGUUUAUUAUUACCUAUGUGAAACUCUAGUAUGGAACCCAGUGGACAUAUGGGUUUGAAGUCAUAUUUUGUUUUGUUGUUCCUGUGUAUGUAUUCUCACUGGGAUUGCAACAAAAAUGCAGCAACUAAUCAUGGCCAAUGAUUAUGAAACUCAAAGGCUUGUACAUCCUCAGCCAUUAAGGAAUGCCACGCCAGAAGAAUGGGUUCCCAGGGACACAUCCAUUGCUGGCAAUGAGUGUGCCAGGAUUACCAGUGCCAAGUUGCUCAGAAAGUUUGAAACAACAUGGUAUAUGUGUCACAUUUUGGUGAAAAUUUCCCUGUUCAGAGUAGAUAAACAUCUGUCACUAUCAAGUGAUAAAAUGGUGCCAUGUGUGACUAAAGGCUGCUUUGAUCUCUUUGGUGAGCUGCUGUGGUGGCUGCAACAUGUAAAAUAGGGAUGUCUGCCAGCACAGGAAACUUGGUUCCAUUGUUCCAUGUGCCGUGUUUGGAGCCAUGGUUCUCUAGGGUCAUCUUCCUAGGACUGCUUCUAUUCAUUUAGAUCCUGGUAAGAGACCUAAGUGCAGUAGCCCGAUUACUGGAGCUGCAAGCUCAGAGGUCAGAGCAAGGGGUGAGAGAGAUGUUGCAUUCUUGUGUAGGGACGCCUGUGUCUGUCUGUCCUGUUUGUCUGCUAACACGGUACACUGCAUCUCAAGGUCCUUUUUUUUAUUUGACACAAAUAUGGUAUUAUGUCUCUUCAGGCAGGACAAUGAAAAGAGAGUGUAUUUUGACAAAAAUCUUUGUACUAUGACUGUCAUUUGGCAUUUCAAGUUCUUCAGUUACUUUUGAAUUUGAGGAGGGGCCUCUGUACAAGCCUGUGGUGUAAAGGAAUCUGGCUACACUACCUGCUUUGCUAGCUUGAUUUUCCUAGAGUUUGCAGGGCCCAGUGACUAGAAAACAGCAUGAGCAAAAUCUUCUGCAUGAUAUUUGAAUUUGAAUUUCUUUCAGGUCACAUAGAAUGCUGUUAAUCUUGGUCCAUCAAUCAAGUAUUUUUUGAGGGUAUGCUAUCACCGAGUGACUAUAGAUAUAGGAAGGGGUGAGGAGAAAUUGCUAGUAGAUUUUCCGUGCCAUGGUCUUCAGAUAAUCAGUUUACAAAUAGAGGUUAUACUGUUUUAGGAGUCCACUAAGAGAAUACUGUCUAAUCACACAUGCCUCUGAACUUUCAUUUUUUGAAUAGCAGUAAUGCAAAAACCAACAAUGGGCUCAUAAGACUAACAGUGAACUCUUCAAGGGAAAAAUAGCUGGCUUGGAAACUUGACCACCACUUGUACUUAUGACAGACAAUUAGUACCUUCAAAUCAUUGACACUGCCGAGAUGUGAAACUCUCCAGUAAAUUCCUGACAAUCUCAACAUUUUCAUCAUCUCUCCAAUCACUAAC